AGAAGUGGGAUAACUCCUUUGUUUUACAUAUCAACCUCUACUUCGUAUCACAUCUAUCAUACAUACCUCACUAGCAACCGUUCUUAUCAUUACCCAUUUCUUCAAGUACAUAGAUCCUCCCUAUUUACUUGAGUGGGCAUGGUGCCUAGGUUCAGACAGAAUAAUUGCAGUCAUUUGAGUUGACCCAUAUUAUGACCUGCAUAUACUUGAUCGCCGUCUUAUUUCAUUUUCAUGCGACCAUUGGGCAGCCAACUACCCACCUAGCUGCAGCCGCUUCAUAAUGAGUAACCUUCAGAGGGCUUGGGCCAAGAACCGCCUAGCCGCUUUACCUGCCGAGAGUUUCGAUGAACGGGACGAAGAUGAGGCUGACCAGGUUCCCGAGCUUCCAGAACACCCAGACGAUGAUUCGUCCUCGGCAUCCUCAGCUUCUUCCACGGGAACUGUCAUCCCUUCCCCAAGCCAGAACUUAUUUGCCAGACCACAGGGCGCGCCGAGAGGACGAUCUCUCCAGCAGAUCCCCUGGACUACUUAUUUCCAGCGGGAACUGUUCCUCCACGAUCCAAGUAGCCCUACAGACCCUACCAUCCAUGCCUACCUAACGUCUCCUGUUGGAAAGGGCCCUUUGUUUAUCAUGCACCAUGGUGCUGGUUCGUCCGGUCUUUCUUUCGCUCUAGUCGGGGAUGAGAUUCGGAAACGCCUUCCGUCGGCUGGCAUCCUAUCCCUCGACGCGCGUGGUCAUGGCUUAACAACGACACCUCCGGACAACCGAGCAAUCGGUCUGAGCCUAGAGGUCUUUGCUGCGGACCUGCUCUCAACCAUACUGCUAACACAGAAGGAAAUGAAAUGGUCAGAGUUACCACCCAUUAUCUUAGUCGGACACUCAUUGGGAGGUGCGGUUGUCACAGAAGUGGCCAAGACGGGAAAGCUUGGUAGUUCAUUACUAGGAUAUGUUGUCCUUGACGUAGUCGAGGGCUCAGCCGUUGAUGCUUUGAAGAGCAUGAACACUUAUCUCUCUACACGACCGACUGGUUUCACAACCUUAGAAGAAGGGAUCGACUGGCAUCUUAAAUCGAGAACAAUUCGGAACUCCCUCUCCGCCCGUACCAGCGUCCCAUCCUUGCUGAAACUAAGUGGAACCCCGGGUGAUCCGAGACCCUGGAAAUGGAGGACGGAUCUCGGGGCGACGGAGCCAUUCUGGGAGAAUUGGUUCACAGGGCUAAGCCAGAAGUUCCUGAGCGCGAGAGGCGGAAAGUUAUUGCUCCUCGCAGGCACGGACAGAUUAGACACCGAGUUAACAAUCGGUCAAAUGCAAGGAAAAUAUGCCCUGCAGGUAUUUCCCGAGGCAGGGCAUUUCAUACAUGAAGACUUGCCCGAAAAGAUCGCGAUAUCUCUCGUAGACUUCCACAAGCGCAACGAUAGGACUGCAUUAGUGUUACCCCCGAAAGUGUCCGAUUUAAUCAAACAAGGCAAGAAAGUUUAGGUAACGAGUCGUGAAUAAAAAAGGUGGAUGAAGGGUUGUAAAUGUUUGAAUUGGCUGAAUAAAUAUCUUGAAGCACUCGUCAUUAUGACUUUUA